AUGCAAGGACAAAAGGGCACAAUUGGUAAUUUACCAGAAGGCUUAGCCAUGGAACAUGGCUCAAGUUCAAGUGAUUCAUGGAACAUGCGAAACCCUCCAAAUCAAGAAACCCAAAACAUAAGUAUGUGGAGCAUGGGCGAGUCGAGUUCAAACUCAGUCCUCAACUCAGUGAGUCAAGACCGGAUUGACCCAAAAGCAUCUGAACACAGUUGGCCUCCUGCAAAUAUAAACAUAACCCAUAAUCAUGUUCAUGGUCCUUUAUUUGUGCAAAAUUCACAUCUUGAAACUAUUCCUCAUAAUGUAACUCCAUCAACUUUUAUUCCCAUUAAGCCCUCAAGUUUUCCAGGUAGUUCUUCCUCCAACCCUUUUGAAAUCGAAGGACAAGGACAAACACAAGGACAAGGACAGGGGCUUUUACGUCAUUUACCAUGUAAAAGAAAAGCAGCAGAGUUAAGUAUCGGUCAAUCAUCUUCUUCAAACAUGUUUCAAAACCCUAAUCCUGUUAAUGAUUUGCAAACCGAUUCAAUUAUUCCAAGACUCGGAUUAAAUAUUGGAUCUGAGAUUGAAAAUACUCGAAGAAAUGUCCGAAUUCGAAUCAAUAAUUCACGCCAACAAGAACAACCAUCAAAUCCUCCUUUGAGACUCAACUCUGUAGAUUUAAGAUCACCACCUGUUGUAGCAAUAACACCCGAGAAUUCAAAUUCAAAUUCAAAUUCAAAUUCAAAUUCAUUGAGUCAAGAAAGUCAACCCGUGUUGCGGGCCCCGGCAUUGAGAAGAAACACACACGGAUCCGGAUCCGGAUCCUCUCGGUGGAAUCGGAAUCGCUCUUCAGAUAACUUAAGAACACUUCCGACAAAUAUCUCCGAGCAUCCAAUAUUUGUGCCGCCACAAACCGCAAUGAAUUGGAAUUUGAAUUCCGGCGGAAACGGUGUUUCCAAUUCCACCGCCGGAAAUUCAAAUCCGGUUCCUCCUCCGUCGUCUAUAAUACCGAAUUUGCCAAUGAACCGCGGGUCUCCUCCACAUUACCCUUCGAGAAGACUGUCUGAGAUUCUUCGCCGGUCGUUGUUGUCGUCGAUGGAUCCUGGUGGCGGUGGAGGGAUGAACGGGAGCGGGAAUCUUUUUUCUAGGGUUCCGCCACCGACAGCUGUUGGAACUUCGGAAUCGGGAAUUCCGGCGGUAGUUGGUGUUCCGGGGGGACAUAAUCAUCGGCAUCAUGUAUUACCUCAUUCGAGAUCGACAGAUAGACUUGUGGAUGGUGCUUUUGGAUUUCCAUAUUUGGCAAGAAAUGUGGUUGGUGGAAGUGAAGGAAGAGGCAGACUAGUGUCAGAGAUACGCAAUGUCUUGGAUCUUAUUCGUAGGGGAGAGGGCUUGCGAUUUGAGGAUGUUAUGAUUUUAGAUCAAUCGGUCUUCUAUGGGAUGGCUGAUAUUCAUGAUAGGCAUAGGGAUAUGCGGCUUGAUAUUGAUAACAUGUCCUAUGAGGAGCUAUUGGCAUUAGAAGAGCGUAUUGGCAAUGUGAACACUGGAUUGACAGAAGAAAACAUUUCUAGUUGUCUCAAGCAUAAAACAUAUGCAACCGUAUCAGACAUUGAACCUUGCUGCAUAUGUCAGGAGGAAUAUAAAAAUGGAGAUGAUCUUGGGGGAUUGGGAUGCGGGCAUGAUUUUCAUACAAAUUGCAUCAAACAAUGGUUGCUUCAGAAGAACUUGUGCCCAGUUUGCAAGUCAGCGGCUUUUGCAAGUAGUAAAUGAGGUUUUUGUUGAAGAUGACAAUUGCUUCAAAGAAGGGAAAAAGGUGGUGGGUUUGGUAAUGUCUAAGAGUCUCAUCAAUGGAGUAUUUUGUACUUGACCAUUUUCAAGAUUCUUUUUUCUUUGGUUUUGGUGGAGAGGAUAAUAUUAUCUAAUGACAUUUUCUAUUCUAUUUAUGAUUAAA